UAAACAACGAAACGUGUCCGGAAAGGAAACGCCCAUUUUCUGUUGAAUAACAAUUUGCCCCAGAAAUGAGUGAAUAUGAAUAUUAUGGAGGAGUUGAAGGUGGAGCCACAAAGUCUAAGAUGGUUUUGAUCAGAUCUGAUGGAAAGAUUGUCGCAUGGAGUGAAGGACCAUGUACUAAUCAGUGGCUGAUUGGUCAAGAGGAAUGUCUAAAGCGAGUGAAUGAUAUGACACAGGAAGCUAAGAAAUCUGCUGGUUUAGAUUCAGAUAAGCCAAUUAGAUCUUUGGGUUUAUGUAUGAGUGGAGCUGAUCAGAAAGAAGCACAACAACAAUUGAUAGAUGGAAUGAAGUCAAUAUAUCCAAAUGCAAGUCAAGAUGUGUCUGUAUCUAGUGAUACAACUGGUGCCAUUGCAACAGCUACUGCAUUAGGUGGCAUAGUACUUAUUUCAGGAACUGGGUCUAAUUGCCAGUUAAACAACCCAGAUGGUAGCAUGUAUAGGUGUGGUGGUUGGGGUCAUCUCCUUGGUGAUGAAGGGUCAGCUUACUGGAUUGCACAGAGAGCCAUAAAAACCAUAUUUGACCAUGAGGACAAUCUUUGUGUAUGUCCAUUUGAUUGUACAUUUGUAUGGAAUACCAUCAAGACAUAUUUUAAGAUACAAGACAGGAACCAAAUUCUUGGAAACUUCUACACAAAUUUUGACAAGUCAUUCAUUGCAGGGAUGUGUAAAGAAUUAGCAAGAGGUGCUUCAGAAAAGAAGGAUAAAUUAUGUUUACAGUUAUUCUGUGAUGCUGGAGAUAUUCUUGCCAGACAUAUUGUUGGCUUGGAAUCAAAGAUAGACCAGUCUCUGCUGGAUGGAGAAAAUGGUCUGAAUAUUGUGUGUGUUGGUUCUGUAUGGAAGAGUUGGGAUCUUCUACAACAAGGAUUUACAAACGUUUUAAAGACAAAUUGUGACAGAAUACAAAAAUUUUGUCUCCUUGACCUCAACCAAUCAGCAGCUUUAGGAGCAGCCUGUCUCGGUGCCAGAGAUAUUAAGUUUACACUUCCCAUGGACUAUAGUGCAAAUGCCACAAUCUUACAUAAAGCAGUAUUAUGAUGGAUGACAUGGAACAUCAGGGUCAUAAACAGUUUUCGGACCAAUAUACAUUACCAAUGGACAACAGUUUUAAUGCUAGUAUCACAAAAUAUAUUAUUUAAUGUAUUAGAGCUUCAGGGAUAUAUUUCUCGCCAUGCAGGAUGAAGUAAAACUUUAAAUGGUGCAGUUGUUAAAUGUAGUUUUUAGUAAUAAACAUGAUAAAGGGUUUAUGAUGGACCUGGAAAUCCAUGAAAAUUCCAAUUAUUACAGAAAGAAAAUUUGAUACUGUAAAUUUAGAAAUUAUUGCGUGCAUUUAUUAUUGCGAUUUUUGUGGAAAGGACACAAAAUGAGAUUAAUUAUUGCGAUUGCAGGAAAAUCUGCAUACAGUUAUAUAUAUCUGAUAUCAGAAUGCGAGUUAUUAUUAUUGUGAUACUCACUCAAUCGCAUUAUUCGCAUUAAUAAAAACCUCGCAAUAAUUUCUGAAUUUACAAUAUAUCAAACUCACAAAAAAUUGAAUUAUGUAAGAAAGUUUUUGCUUAUAAUGCCAAUUUGUCAUAAUAAUUAUGUACUCCUAACUCAAUUUUUUUUGUAUUUACCAAAUUUGGACUAUUUUUAAAUCAUUUUUUGAUUUUAGAGAUAUUGGCAGAAUGCUCUUACCAAAUUGAUUUUUUUGUGAUAAUGUGUAUCAUACCUUUAUACAUCUUUUGUUUACAAAUUAAUUUUGGUCAUUAAAUUUUCUAAAAGUUCUCUGAAAGGACAUUUUGCAUAUAAAUUGUAAAAUGGAGAUGUUUUCAUGAUCAUGAUAAUUAUACAGUAUUUGGAGACAAACUUCUGUGAAUAUACUUAACUUGAUGAAUCAAAUUUGUUUACAAAUAUGACACUAUCAAUGCUUUAAUUUAUGUUUUUUUACUUGAAGGAUUUACAAACAUUUUGAAGACAAAUUGCAACAGAAUUAAAAUGUUUUGUCUCCUUGACCUUAAUCAUUUGGUCUCUGUUGGAGAGUUGUCUCAUUGGCAAUCAGACAUUUCACCUCUUCUUAUUUUUAUGAUUAUAGAUACACUAUAGGCUUCUUUAAUCUUUAAUGCUAAAAAAAAGUAUGUUCUUGGACAUAGUCCUUGGUGCUAUUGGUUUUGCUAAGGAUGUUUUACAGUUAAAUGCAUUAUUUAUUGAUUUUCAGUUAUAGUUCAUUGAGCCUUAGUUGUAUGCAAAAUUUUACCAAAAUCUGUGACAUAGCCCAUUUACUGUACCUUGUCCUUUAGGGAACUCUACCAACAAGAAAUUUAUAAGGGUUUCAGCAGUUAUUUUUGUACAUGUAAUAGAAUUAUGUAAGAUUUACAAUAUCAUUUAAAAUUAUACCAUGUAGAGUUAUUUAUAGCUUUCUGUCUAUCACUUUACUAGCUUUUGCUUAAAAAUGCCAAUUGUAAUUUAAAUGAAUGGUUUUUGUCUUCUGUAAGUUUUUUAUGCAAUUUUGUGAACAUCAUGAAUCGUAUUGGGUCAUUAUAUUUAUAUAUAUAACCCACAUGAACCUAUCAGAUUAAAAGUUUUCAGCUCUAAAUCAUAUUGAGAAAUCAUAAUUAAGUCGACUGUUUCAUAUUUUUUUUAAAUUGUAAGCAGUAUUUUGAUAUUAUGUUUUGUUCAUUGUGAUGACUUUAUUUUGUAGCAGGGGAAGGUGCAAUGCAACUUCUGUGAAACAAUACAGAAAUUUAAAUCAUUUUUUAAAUGCUGAUAACAUAAUGUGUCUGAUGCCAUAUUCUUUUGUUCAAAAUUCCUUCUGUGAACAGAUAGUUCAUAAACUUUAGGAAAAGAACCUUUUAAAAUUAUUCUGCCUUAAAAAGUAUUUAAACAAUUCAUCAAUCAAGAAAAGCUAUAUAAAAAAAUGGCUAACUAGUUGCUGCCACAUAGCAUCAGUGGCUUUCUUGGAAAUUGACCUUUUAGUGUCUGCAUAAGAUAAUAAUAUAAUAGCUAGUAUAGGUAAUGGUACAGGUACAUUAUUCAAGGAAAAGUAGAGGCUAAAGAAGAGGAAAGAAUAAUUAAUUUAAUGUCAAAUUCCAUAAUGAUAUUGCUUGAUAAUAAAUUUACAAUUUUACUUAUAAUAUAUUAUGAGACUAUGUUAGACAUAUAGUAAAGCAACUUAAAAAUA